CCGGUGCUUUGGUGGAGUUUGACGUGGCACUCUACAUACACUGAGGGCAAUAGGCGUUGAAGAGGACUCUGCCCAAUAUCCAGGUUGUCAAAACUCAUUCAUCCUGGUAUGAAAAGGCAGUGAAAUCCCAUCAAAAUGAGUCAACAGAGUUAUGUUGCUGCACCCCCGUACUCCCAGGCCCAGCCAGGGAUGGGGGGCUACCAAGGUGGAUUUGGAGCUGGUCCUCCACAGCCCCUCUAUGGGCACUAUGGUGGACCGCCUCAGGCAUUCGCCGCUCCACCAGCAGGUAUGACGAAAUCACCAGUUUCCUCUGCUGCCGGUAUGCCUCCACCUCCAGCGUCCAAUCAGUACAAUCCAAAUGUCCAGCAGAAUGGCGCACAUCCACAAAGAUACCCUGCUCCACCAGCUGCUUCUGCAUAUGGACAACCUCUACAGUCCCCAUACAACAGCAUGGCUUCUAUGGCCCCGCCUCCAGCACAGCAGCUCACCAAUCAGAUGAGUUCCAUGAACUUGGGCAACUAUGCCCCAGGUCCCAUGCAGAGCCCACCUACUCCAACAAGCUCUGUAGCCCAGCAGCCUUUCCAAACUUCCCUUCCUCCAGGAAUGGGCCAGCCACAGAUGCCUCCAGGCCCGCAGUCACCCCACAUGUCCCCCCAGAUGUCUCCACCACAGUCACCCUUAGCAAGCAUGCCGAUGGCAGGUCCACCGAUGGCAGGUCAACAGAUGGCAGGUCAACAGAUGGCAGGCCCACCGAUGGCAGGCAUGGGUAGACCCUUCCCCGGGCCACCUCCUUCAGGCCCCGGAGCUUUCCAGCAGCCUGGUCCCGGAGCUUUCCAGCAGCCUGGUCCCGGAGCUUUCCAGCAGCCUGGUCCCGGAGCUUUCCAGCAGCCUGGUCCCGGAGCUGCUGGUCCACCAGGAUACCCACAGCAAGCAGGUCAGUUUGGGGGACUCAUGACUGGGCCCCAACCAGGCAUGCCAGGGGGCUUCCCUGGCGCACCAGGCGGACUGGCUGGACCACCUCAAAAGAAACUGGACCCUGACUCUAUCCCCAGCAUAACUCAAGUCAUCGAGGAUGACCAAGUAAAACGAGGGGGACAAGUCUACAGCACAAACAUCAGAGGACAGGUUCCACCUCUGGUCACCACCGACUUCACAGUACAGGACCAAGGCAAUGCCAGUCCCAGGUUCAUGCGCUGCACCACCUACUCCCUGCCCUGCACUGCCGAUCUGGCCAAACAGUGCCAAGUGCCCCUGGCCUGCAUCGUAAAACCCUUUGCCAAUUUGCCAAAGAACGAGACUCCUCUAUAUGUUGUGAACCAUGGUGAGACGGGCCCAAUCCGCUGCAAUCGAUGCAAGGCCUACAUGUGUCCCUACAUGCAGUUCAUUGAUGGGGGGCGUCGCUACCAGUGUGGUUUCUGCAACUGUGUCAAUGAAGUGCCGGUCUUCUAUUUCCAACAUCUGGACCACAUGGGCCGGAGGGUGGACUUCUAUGAGAGGCCUGAGCUGUCCCUGGGAUCCUACGAAUUUGUAGCCACCCUGGACUACUGCAAGAACAACAAGCCUCCGAAUCCUCCUGCCUACAUCUUUAUGAUCGACGUGUCCUAUAACAACAUUAAAAGUGGACUGGUCAAGCUGAUAUGUGAUGAGCUGAAGACUCUACUGGAGAAUCUGCCCAGUGAGGAAGGUAUGGAGUGCUCCGCCAUCAAGGUUGGCUUUGUCACCUACAACAAGGUCCUCCACUUCUACAACGUGAAGAGCGCUCUGGCCCAGCCCCAGAUGAUGGUGGUUUCAGACACAGCGGAGAUGUUUGUUCCGCUGCUCGAUGGCUUCCUCGUCAACUAUCAGGACUCGAGGGCCGUCAUCUACAACCUCCUGGACCAAAUCCCUGAUAUGUUUGCAGACACCAACGAGAGUGAAACGGUCUUUGUUCCCGUCAUCCAGGCCGGCGUGGAGGCAUUCAAGGCAGCAGAAUGUAGCGGAAAGCUCUUCAUCUUCCAGUCCUCCAUGCCCACUGCUGAGGCUCCUGGCAAACUGAAGAACAGGGAUGACAAAAAGCUGGUCAACACCGACAAAGAGAAAACCCUGUUCCAGCCUCAGAAAGGAGUGUAUGAGCAGCUGUCUAAGGAGUGUGUGGCACAGGGCUGCUGUGUGGAUCUCUUCCUCUUUCCAAGCCAGUACAUGGACAUUGCAACUAUGGCAGAUGUGCCCUCGCACACCGGAGGCUCCGUCUACAAGUACAACAACUUCCAGGUGGAGAUCGACGGGGAGCAUUUCCUGAGAGACCUCAGAAAAGACGUGCAGAAGAGCAUCGGAUUUGAUGCCAUCAUGCGUGUUCGUACCAGUACAGGUUUCAGAGCCACAGAGUUCUUUGGUGCCGUCCAUAUGAACAACACCACAGAUAUCGAGAUGGCAGCUGUGGAUUGUGAUAAGGCACUGACCGUAGAGUUCAAACAUGACGACACGCUCAGUGAGGAGACUGGGGCUCUAAUGCAGUGUGCCUUGCUGUACACCACCAUCAAUGGACAGCGACGUCUCCGCGUCCACAACCUCAGUCUGAACUGCAGCUUGCAGUUGUCGGAGUUGUACAAGAGCUGCGAGACCGACUCACUCAUCAACUUCUUUGCUAAAUCAGCUUGCCGUGCCAUGUUGAACCAGCCUCUGAAGAGUGUGAGGGAGAUCCUGGUCAACCAGACAGCCCACAUGCUGGCCUGCUACAGGAAGAACUGUGCCAGCCCCUCCGCUGCCAGCCAGCUGAUCCUGCCUGAUGCCAUGAAGGUGUUUCCGGUCUACAUGAACAGCCUGAUGAAAACUGCUCCCAUGGUCGGCAGCACAGAGCUCUCAACAGAUGACAGAGCCCAUCAAAGGCUGUUGAUCAUGGGCAUGGGGGUGGAGGACACACGGCUGCUGCUCUACCCACGCCUCACUCCACUGCACAACAUGGACGUUAGCACCGAGACUGUGCCUGCUCCAGUGCGCUGCUCGGAGGAGCGUCUGACAGACGCUGGCAUGUUCCUGCUGGAGAACGGCCACUCCAUGUUUCUGUGGCUGGGCCAAGCGAUCCCUCCAGAUCUCAUCCAGAGCAUCUUCAACCUGCCCUCCCUCGCCCACCUGCAAGGACACGUGUGUGCGCUGCCAGAACUGGACAACCCAUUGUCAAACAAGGUCCGAUCCAUCAUCAAUGGCCUGAUCGAAGAGAGGCCGAAUUCUAUGAAGCUCCAUAUCGUGAGGCAGAAAGACAAACCGGAGAUGGUGUUCCGUCAGUUCCUGGUGGAGGAUAAAGGCCUGCACGGGGGAGCUUCCUACAUGGACUUCCUUUGCUACGUUCACAGAGAAAUCAGGCAGCUGCUCACCUAACCACCACCCCGACGCUUGGCCUCAGUGUCGACUGGCCUGGGAGGAACACGCCAUGGACCAUGCACAAACCUCACAGGGUCAGUCUCAGUUGGCUCAAUCGUAAGGAUGGUCCACAGAAAGAAACUUUCUAAGUGUUUCACAAAGACAGAGGAAGAAAACAGGAAGCAGGGAGAGCCUUUUGAGAUUUAUCCUUGAGUCCACAGCUGCCUUUCCAACAUGCUUUUGUCCCCCUUAAGUGUACACACAGUAUGAUCUUCAAAUAGCCACUUGUCACUUGAAGAACGUCUAAGUAAGACAUGGACAACACAUCCAGCAUUUCCCGCACAGAUACUUUGUGUGAUGAACUGUGGAGACUGGAAUGAGAUCAGUGUCUGAGGCUGUAAUGCAUUUUGGCAUAAAGCCCAUGGGCAUAAGCAAUACACCCCAUAUCUCCACAGGGCAGUCGAUUGACUUUGUAGAUGUACAGGCUCAGACAAGAGGUUAUUUGUGGGCAAUACUGUAGAUGUUCACUUUGGAACUCAAUAAAGCUGGCCAGUCUUUGUUAUACAUGAGUCUCAAUAACUCAAUUUAAAAUCUUAAUAUCUUUUUUUAAACAAGUACAGAAAUUGUACCAUAUUUAAAUGACUUAUAGAGGCUUCCACAUUCAUAUGCGAAAUUGACUCAAAUAAGCUUACACACAAGUAGUGCAUCGACAGCAUCAGGUUAUUCAUAAUCUAGCAGAAACAUCGCAGCAGCUGCCAGGACUGAAAAUAAUUCCUGUCAUCACGCCAUGAGUGAUCCAAAGCAUUCGAGUCGCACAUAACCCCCCCCCCCCCCCCAAAACUAAACAAAGAUUUGGAUUUUCUGACCAUUUAUAGCAGAGACUCGGUCUCUGUGACGCAGAAAACAGUUUGGUGUUCUACUGUGAAAUGAUCACAGCUGUUUACAUAGAGAGCAAGGACAAACUCGCAUGUCCUGAUGAAAAAUUACACUUUCGCGAGUCAGAAUUUAAAAAGGGAUGCAUAAGGGAACGGAUUUCUAAUGAUGCCGUGAGCGAGAGACAUCAGCGGAAAGCAGUUUAGGGACCAAAUAUAAAGCUUCUCCUUAAAACUGCCACAAAAAAAUAAUGUUGGGAGUGAUUCACUUUGGGAAAUACUUUCCAGCAAGCUCCAACAAUGCCAUAUUAUGACAAUACAACCACCAGUCACUAUUGGACUAUCAGAUCUGUGUCUGCUCACUCUUCAACCCAAAUUCAGUCAAAUCUUUUUACACUAAUAAAUAUAAUCUGCAUCAUUUUCCAUAAUAUUUAACAUUCGAGUCUUGUGUACAGCAAUAGCAUCGUACUGCAUUGCUGGUUUUUAUUGAUGAUUGUAACUCGUGUCUGCAUUUGAUAUACAUUGUACGAUUCUUUGUGCGUGUGUGAGGCUCAAAGUAUUUUUGUACAUGAAAUACACGUGUUUUUUCAAAAUAUUGCCAUCUGCCUUAAGUUGAUAUGAUAGUUGUAAAAACAUACACGAAAGUAUAUGUCUGAGAUGUCUUUGGCUGAUUUCAAUCGUUUUAGUUUGUAUGCAAACUGAUCUCAGGUAAUUUGGGUACCUUAUUAAAGUUGGAAGAAGUGAUUUCAAUAUAACUGGAAAGAUGGCCGGUUGUUUUUUUUUUUUUUAGCAUCAGUACCGAUGGACGUCAAUGGGUUUGGUCUGCCAUGUAUAUUUUUUCCAAACCCUUAACGAUGUUUUGCUUGUACAGUACAGAAAAUUCAGCCGAUUAAGAAUUUCUUUAAGAACAUGUUUGUCAAAAUAUUAAAACACAGAAAACCCACCAGGUGACAUGUAUGUUGAUUUCAAAAAAAAUAUAUUCAAUGUGAAAUUGAAUUGACAUAAUUCAACGCAAGCUAGAAUUACAGUCUGUAUUGAAGGUAGCACUAAUCAAAAUGUACACAUUCAGUCUGCUGAUUGGUGGUCACGUUCCUAUAAGUGAGAAAUCUACUGUGCAGCAUAAAAUUACACAAAAAUGACUCCAGACACAAGUACAAGGACACGAGAAUCAAUACACACACACACAGCCAAUAAUAUUCAUUUUGUUUCUUAUUUCAUUAACCUUAAUCCAGUCCAGGGGGCAAAAGGUAUUUUUGUACCAGUGUGUGUUAUCCACUUGCCACCAUGAGGGGGCGUCACAUGAAUAUUAUGCUUUUUGAUCCCCAAUGUGAUCUGUUUAUGUUGGACAAUAAAAGUACUUCUUACCA